AUGGAGCACACAUCCACUGCACAGGAGUGUAUCGUCAUUCUUGACGCUGGUUCUCAGUAUGGUAAAGUGAUUGACCGAAAAAUUCGUGAGUUACGUGUGGAGUCCCGCAUCAUGCCGCUCAACACUCCUACAGAGACGCUUCGAAAUGACAAAUCAAUUAAAGGUAUUAUAAUCAGCGGAGGCCCCAGUUCUAUACAUGAUGCCGAUGCCCCAGCAUUUAAUGAAGAUCUCUUUGAAGUUGGAAAACCCCUACUUGGGAUAUGCUAUGGUAUGCAACUCCUCGCACGAUCCUUUGGUGGAAGUGUUGGACGAGCAGCAGUUCGGGAAGAUGGACAGGAUACCAUAUCAGUGGAUUCUACUUCUAAACUUUUUCAUGGUCUUUCUUCAAAUGAAAAAGUAUUACUUACACAUGGUGAUUCUAUUACUGAUUCAGGUCCUCAUCUUGAUGUUAUUGCACGUAGUAGUGCUAAUAUCAUUGCAGCUGUACAACACCGUGAACUUCCCCUUUUUGGAGUGCAGUUUCACCCAGAAGUAGAGCUUACAGAGAACGGUAUGAAGAUAUUCAAAAAUUUCUUAUCUCUUUGUGACUGUCAUUUUACCUUUACUAUGGAAGAUCGUGAAGAAGUGGCACUACGGAUGAUUCGUGAAAGAACUUCUAAAGGACAAAAAGUACUUUGUCUUGCAUCUGGUGGUGUGGACAGUACAGUUUGUGCAGUCCUGCUUCUUAAGGCGCUUGGUCCUGAUCGUGUGGUCUGUGUGCAUAUUGAUCAUGGAUUUAUGCGCCUCGGGGAAAGUGAAGAAGUUGUGGCUGCUUUGAAAGCAGCGGGAGUUCAUGUGAAUUUGAUUGACGCACGCGAACAAUUUGCACAAGCUACAACAGAGAUGCCAGCCAAGCGCAACCGUGCAUCAUAUACAACAGGAAAGCUAUGUGAAGUCAUAGACCCUGAGGAAAAACGAGUUAUUAUUGGCAAUACUUUUAUGACUGUCUGCGAUGCAGUUAUUAAGGAUCUUCAACUUGAUCUUGACAAUCUGCUUCUGGCUCAAGGUACCUUGCGCCCUGAUCUGAUUGAAUCUGGCUCAUCGUAUGCCAGUAAGACAGCGGAUGCUAUCAAAACACACCAUAAUGACACUGCUGUGGUUCGUCAACUACGUGAUGCUGGUCGAAUCAUUGAGCCUCUGUGUGACUAUCAUAAGGAUGAGGUGCGGGAGUUGGGUCUGAGACUCGGGAUCCCGCCACAUUUGGUGCAACGACAACCAUUCCCUGGACCUGGUCUUGCUAUUCGCACACUUUGCAGUAAUGGUACACCUUACAAGGAUGAAUUCUAUGACUUAACAGAGGAAAUAGUGAAAAAAAUAUGUGCUGGGGAAAACAGUAUGGAUUUGGUUCUGCCACUGCUUGAUGAUAUCAAAAGUCUUCAACCUGCUUCUUGUCUGCUUCCACUACGCACUGUUGGCGUACAGGGUGACGGUCGAACAUAUGCGUAUGCGGUUGCCAUUUCCACUGAUACAUUUCCUCUGGAAUCCCAAUGGAAGCAACUAAGCAGAUUGGCACUUGCCAUUCCAAAGGUUGCACAUCAUGUGAACCGUGUUGUGUUUAUGUUUGGACCAAAACGUUCAGACUCACCACGGACAGCCGCAAAAACGACACUUAUUCCUUCAGUACUUGAUAAACUCCGCAUUGCAGAUGAUGUGGUCAACCGUGCACUUGUGAAGCACAACCUGGUUUCUCGUCUCAGUCAGGUUCCUGUUGUACUUCUGCCUCUCGGGUUUGAGGAAAAGGGUGAGAUUAGCAUCGUGGUGCGCACCUUCCUCACGAAUGACUUCAUGACAGGUGUCCCUGCACUCCCUGGAUCUCCUAUGAUGCCAAUAUCUGUAUUGCAGGAAAUUGUUACGUCACUACAGGGUUUGGAUUUUGUAUCCCGCGUUAUGUACGACCUCACGGCGAAACCACCUGGAACGACCGAGUGGGAAUGA